UUGUGAAGGCGGAACACGGUCUCCGGGUGAACUGCAGCUCUGACAGCAUCGAAACAGUUAAUGGUAGUUAGCGACAGUUGCUCUGACAAAUCCUUGAAGGAGUAACAAGUGUUUACUGUUUGGAAGUUUACUUUUACUUUACGAGAGUUUGUUUUUAAACUUCAACACUCAAACUUUCUUUAGUGACUUCGGCUCAUUCUGAAAUAAGUAUAUUUUCGUCCAUAUUUAGGUUUAACGUCUUUUUACGAACUUCGUAGCUCAGUUUCGAGAGCAGAAACAUCACCUAAAAAUGCGCUAAAGCGGAGCCAUCAGAGCAGAUCACCAUGAUGACAGAGCCAGCGGAGCAGACCCAUCACCUGAAAACUUCAGGCAGCCCAUCAGGUGGGAGCAGCGGAGACGCUUUGGAGCAUCUCCCAGCCAGCAACCGUGGUGGACCGGUGAACGGCGACAGGGGGCGACAGAGAGAGCAGAAGCGGCGGCAGCAGCGGGCGGAGAACUGUGGGGAUAACAACACAGACAAGUUAUGGCAAAUGAAAGGCGGUCAGAGGGAGGUGUUCCCUGCCUUAGCAGCCGGAAACGAGCUCCUAAAGUGCCCGACUGCAGCUGAAUCUCACCAGAACCCCCAAAUUCAUGCAGCGGGUGGCGGUAAUCUCACCACACUGGGGAAAACCGGCGAAGAGACUUUGAACCAGGUGCAAGAGGAGAGUUUGCACAUUGACUCCGACACUGGCUUAGACGCGCGUCUGGGUAAAAAGAGGCAUAGGCGCAGGACCUCCAAGAAGAAGCGCAACUGGAAGCCUUAUUACAAACUUUCCUGGGAGGAGAGGAAAGCCCUGGAGGAGAGAGAGACGGCCAGGGCUUCCCGAUUGAGAGAGGAGAUGUUCGCCAAAGGGCUCCCAGUGGCCCCCUAUAACACCACACAGUUCCUGAUGGACGAGCAUGACCGGGAGGAGCCCGACCUGAACACCGAGACCGGGGUCAGGCGGCCCUCGGGGGUAGGCGGUCGCAUGGAGGACACUGGCAGCGAGGAGGACCUCUUCGACAAUGAAGAGGAGGACGAUGAUGACGGCAGCGGCGGAGGCAGCGAUGGUAUCGGGAGGCCCGGGAACGCAGGUGGGGAGUUUCUCCAGAGAGACUUUUCCGAGACCUACGAGAUGUAUCACGUAGAGAGCCUGCAGAAUAUGACCAAGCAGGAGCUGGUGCAGGAGUACCUGGAGCUGGAGAAGUGUAUGUCCCGGCUGGAGGAGGAGAACAACCGGCUGAGGCGCGCCGUGGAGCCUGGGGGUCUGACCGUGGAGAGCUCCCUGGUCCGGCUCAGAGAGCUGGAGAGGGAACUGGAGAGACUGAGGGCCCAAAACACGGAGCUCCUUCUGCAGAGCCAGCCGAGCAAGGACAGGGCCCAGGUCGCUACAAACUAGAGGACACUAGUCAAGUUGGGAAAACCCCCUUUGAAAGAGGUAAAAACAUGGGACUACUGCAUUUUUUUAAAAAUGUCAUAAUUUUUCUGUAACCGGUUUGUCAUCUGGACGAUGAAGUCCUUGCAUUGCAAUGCAAUACUUGACGUUUCUUUUCUAUUUGGACUGUAAGGUUGUCCUGUUCAAUUUUUUUCCAAGAAGAAAUGUAAAUAUUUCAAAAUAAGAUUCUUUUUAUAAAGAGAAUGUAUUUGACAAAACAAGAAUAUUUUGUUUCCCUGGUCAACUUCGUAUGUGUCCAUUUAAAUAAUACUGUUUAAUUUUUGAAUUUAAAAACAAACAUUGUAUGUUGCACCCCCUCCCCGCCCCCGAAGAAACAAACCAACAAACCAACAAACAAACAGAACUGAAUAACAAAUUGCCGUUAAUUGGGGCAGCUUGCAAAGACUGUUUUGCAGAAGUAAAUUCCAGAGUGAACAUUUUAACAGUUGUG